AUGGCCGGAAUACCAUGGAGCCGGCUAAAUGGGCCUGCGAAGGCCACCAUCGUGGCGGCAUUGGUGAUCAGUCUCAUCGGCAGCAUCCUUUUGGCCAUCGUCCUAGUGGCACAGAAUCGGGAUUCCGCCGAUUCCACGGAUACGAAUGUCGAUGCCUUCAUCGUAAACGGGCUCCGAGACUUUACCCUGUCCAGCAGCAGCGGCAGUUUCUGGAACAUGAGGUUCUAUACGUCAGAAAAUGUCACGAGCUGCCAAGCCCACGUGGACUCACUGAAUAUCACUCAUGUGGAGACAGGGAGCCGUGAGUCUUUGAGAAACAGCUGGUGCCCGAAUGAAACCCUUUCCGAUUGGUUCGCCCUGUACAUGGAAACUUACAUAAUCGGAGACUUCCGGCCUGACGAGGACUGGGGCACCUACACGGUUACUAGUGGCUACCCCACAUGGGUGGAGGAUCUGGCAAUUGUUUAUGAAGCCCAAAAAUCUGCGAAUGAGCUUUCCCCGGCGUUCAGAGUAGUGGGUAUUGUGGGCGUUGUCAUGAUUUUACUCGGGACCGCCCUUUGCCUCGUGGUGGGCAGUUGCCGAGGCUUAAGCGUUCGCAGAGACAUUUCUCAGUUUGGUCCGGACCAUCCGGUUGCGGCGGGGGCUUCUCCCCCAGCCUACACGGGGGGUGUUCAGGUGCCGGUCGUGGUGAUGGCGCAGGUGGUGGGACAAGGAGAGGAAAGUCAGAAGGCGUAG